UCAAAAUACGCAUUAAAGCGGAAGUGACGACAUUAUAGCGCCAAAUGUUGAAAGAGGCUUUGACAGGGGAACCCUGAAGAUGAGAGGCCAGGGUCGAGGUCACUGGAGAGGCGGUUCUGCGGGAGGCUCCGGGGCUUGGAGAGGUGGAUGGAAUUCUGGACAGAACCGUGGCUGGAGGGGGCGACCUUGGGGCAGAGGAAACACUAACUCUAACUCGACAGGAAUCCAAUCACAGAGAGGCCCAGGGUUUGUACCACAACAGUCUCAGGUGACACAAACGACCCUUGACAUAACAUGCCCUUACAAAGGAUGGAGACUCUAUUUUUCUGAAGGUUUUAUUGAGAGUGGUCCCUACGUUGAAAAGAUAAAGGCAUUUGAACAAUACUUCCUAUCACAAAUAGAGCUUUAUGACAAGGAUGAAAUUGAAAGUAAAGGCAGCAUCUUGGUGGACUUCAAAGACUGCCUGCACAAUAAGCACCUCGCUAUUGCUUUGCCUGAAUUAGCCAAAGAGCUCAGAGAAAUGCCUGAGAAAAUCCUAGACUGCCUAGGCCUUGCCAUACACCAGGUCUUGACAAAAGACCUGGAGAGACAUGCUGCUGAAUUAAAGAACCAAGAGGGACUACCCAGCCAUGCUACACCAAUCAUUAACAUACCACAUAUUAGUGCAAGGGUGUAUAACUAUGAGCCACUCACUCCACUGAGGACACUAAGGGCCAACCUGUACGGAAAAUAUGUCGCCAUCCGGGGCACAGUAGUGCGGGUCAGCAACAUCAAGCCGCUCUGCACCAAGAUGGCCUUUGCCUGUAACAGCUGUGGGGACAUCCAGAGCCUGCACAUGCCUGAUGGGAAAUUCACCACACCUACGAAGUGUUUGCAGUAUGAAUGUCGUGGCCGGUCGUUCACUCCAAACCGAAGUUCACCACUGACCCUCACAGUCGACUGGCAAACCAUAAAGGUCCAGGAGCUGAUCUCCGAUGACCAGAGGGAGUCCGGCCGGAUCCCACGAACCAUCGAGUGUGAGCUGACUCAGGACUUGGUGGACAGCUGUGUGCCAGGAGACAUGGUCACCAUCACUGGCGUGGUCAAAGUUUCCAGUGAGGAAGGAGCUGGGAGGAACAAAAAGGACAAGUGCAUGUUCCUAUUGUACAUUGAGGCAAACUCUGUGAGUAACUCCAAAGGGCAGAAGUCGAAGGUCACCUCGGAGCCAGAGUGCCAGGGUGCAUCGGUGGAGUUCUCUCUCAAGGACCUCUAUGCUAUCCAGGAGAUCCAAGCCCAAGAGGGUUUACUCAAACUGCUUGUCAAUUCCCUCUGCCCUGCCAUAUAUGGGCAUUUGUUGGUGAAAGCAGGAUUGGCUCUGGCCUUAUUUGGCGGCUGUCAGAAAUACGUUGAUGACAAGAACCGAAUCCCUAUCAGAGGAGACCCUCACAUGCUGAUUGUUGGUGAUCCAGGUCUUGGCAAAAGUCAGAUGUUACAGGCUGUGUGUAAUGUGGCUCCCCGUGGCAUCUAUGUGUGUGGGAACACCACCACGACCGCUGGGUUGACCGUGUCCUUGUCCAGAGAUAGUAGCACUGGAGACUAUGCGUUAGAGGCAGGGGCUUUGGUGCUGGGAGAUCAAGGGAUCUGUUGCAUUGAUGAGUUUGACAAAAUGGGCAGUCAGCACCAGGCCCUUUUGGAAGCUAUGGAGCAGCAGAGCAUCAGCCUGGCCAAAGCGGGGAUCGUGUGCACCCUGCCAGCCCGCACAUCCAUCAUCGCCGCUGCCAACCCAGUGGGAGGUCACUAUAACAAGGGGAAGACCGUCUCUGAGAACCUCAAGAUGGGGAGCGCCCUGCUCUCCCGGUUCGACCUGGUAUUCAUCCUGCUAGACACGCCCAAUGAGGACCACGACCACAUGCUGUCGGAGCACGUCAUGGCCAUGCGCUCGGGCAGGAAGGGCACUCUCAGCAGCGCAUCAGUGAGCCGCUGCAGCACCCAGGACUCCAACGUCUCCAUCCUAGAGAUCCCCUCCGACAAACCCCUUUCGGAUAGGCUCAAGGUGACUCCUGGUGAAAACUUUGACCCCAUCCCUCACCAGCUACUGAGGAAGUAUGUGAGCUACGCACGCCACUACGUGCACCCCACCCUGUCCACUGAGGCUGCGCAGGUGCUGCAGGAUUUCUAUCUGGAGCUGCGGAAACAGAACCACGCGGCCGACAGCACGCCCAUCACCACCCGCCAGCUGGAGUCCCUCAUCCGACUCACAGAGGCAAGGGCCCGACUAGAACUUCGGGAGAAAGCCACUCAAGAUGAUGCUGAGGAUGUGGUGGAGAUUAUGAAGCACAGCCUAACGGACACUUAUUCAGAUGAGUUUGGGCGGCUGGACUUUGAGCGCUCACAGCUGGGCUCAGGGAUGAGCAACAGGUCACAGGUGAAGAGGUUUGUUGCUGCACUCAACCAGGUGGCUGAACGCAUGCAUAAAACCAAUUUUGAACUUCAGCAGUUGCGACAGCUGGCCAAGGAACUGAACAUUCAGGUUGUGGAUUUUGAAGGUUUUAUUAGUACCCUUAAUGAACAAGGUUAUCUUCUGAAGAAAGGAAACAAAGUUUACCAACUACAGACCAUCUGACAUAAAGUGCCACCUGAUUUUCCUGGUUAGUGUUUUUGGUCAGUACCAAUGCCCUGUAAAUGUAUGUAAAUGUAUAUUGAGUACAAUUUUAUUUGUUAAACCUGUUUAUUUUUGUUACUACUUUUCCUCGUGUUAAAAAAUAAAUGAUCUUUGAAUGAAAGUAAA